AUGGAUGGGGAAGAAGUUAAGGAGGGAGAGAUGAUUAUUAUGGAUGGAGAAGAAGUCAAGGAAGGAGAAGAAGUGAUGGACGGAGAAAAUGUUAUGGAAGGAGAAGAUGGUUUGGAUGAAGAAGAAGUUAAGGAAGGAGAAGAAGUUACGGAAAGAGAGGAAGUUAAAGAAGGAGAAGAAGUUAAGGAUGGAGAAGAAGUUUGGGAUGGAGAAGAAGAUGCAGAAGAAGAAGUUAAGGAUGGAAUAGAAGUUAGGAAAGGAGAAGAAGUUAAGGAUGGGGAAAUAGUUUGGGAUGGGGAAGAAGUGAAGGAAGGAGAAGAAGUUAGGGAAAAAGAAGAAAUUUUUUAUGUAGAAGAAGUCAAGGAAUAA